AUGAGCGCACUACGGGACAUCUUGGAGAAGGUGGGUAUUUCGGUAAUAUUAGGCUAAUAUGACCUAGUAAAACCCCUUUUAGGGACAUAGCAGGUAUUUUUAAAUUAAGAUUGAGUAUUUUGGAAAGAAUUUCGGGAAAUUAUAAGUUGAUUUUUCAGAUGUACGUGGAGGAUGAGCUACUGAACCAGCUGGACGAUGAGCAAAAGCAAAUUUUGUUCAUAAAAAUGCGAGAAGAACAGAUCCGGCGAUGGAAUCAACGCGAGGCCGAGCUGGAGGAACAGGAAAGAAACAGCGCUCCAAAAAAGAAGGAUAGCCGAAGAAUACAGUAAGUUCUGCAACAGUUUUUGCAAUAUCAUUUCCUCCUUUCAACCCAAUAUUCGGCUAAUUUUAGAUGGCUAAAAGGCCGUGACGGCGAAGUCUGGGUGUGGGUGAUGGGUGACCAUCCCAAUGAUCCUUCAAUCGACGAUAUCAUUGAAGACGAGGCUCGUCGAAAAGCGCGACAUUUGGCUGAAGUCGAGCUAGCCAACGACAGAAACAUUACUUCCGGCGCUGUUGGCCCAUAUCCCCCGCAAUCUCUUCAUCCUUCCGCGUCCGCCCGGGAAGAACAACUGAAGCAGGAGCUGCGAAACAUGAGGUUAGGUGGCACAUCAUCCAGUUCCUUCGAGGAAUCGUCGAAGGCGAGCUCAAGUGACGACGGAUUUCGAAAACCGUCAAACGCAUCGCGAGACGAUGACUAUCGUCGGGAGGAAGAUCAAAAAUCAAACGGGUCGGCUCCAUAUUACGCGCAGUUACGACGAUCGCCGCCAGACGGGAUCGAGCUGGAAGAUGGACGCCGAUUAUAUCUCAGACCAUCCGUUGAAGAUUUAGAGAAUACUGUUCGAGAGCAGUUCAAUGGCAGUCCUUUUGAGAAACGAAGCGAAAUUUUACGGCAAAAGCCAUCGAGCUUUGAUCAUGAGCCUUCGAGGGGAAGCCCCACGAAGAAUGGCGAAGCUCGUGAACGCCGGGAAAAGACGCCAAAGCCGACAUCCGAGGAGAGACGAUCGCGGACAGGCAGCGGGAUUGGAAGCAACUUUGUACAGCGCUUCCUCGACGAGCACGACCCAAAAAGGAGGGCAAGCAGGGAUAAAAGUCCCGUAAACUCGACAUCGCCGCUGCGAAACAGGAAUGACUCCGUUAGCACGUCCAAAACCGCUUCGCCAGCUUCGACCCCGCGACAAAACAGUCUCGAGACAGCGUCGGAUCUGGACAAGAAGGCCGGCUCUUUCUUGGUUGGCUCAUUCAACUCACGACAAGCGCGAUCACCGACCAAGAGCCUUCGAGAAGAGGUGCUGAACUCACCUGAACCUCAAAAAGAGGCCAAAACAAAACCCAAGCAGAGAGACGAGGGAAAAGAGGCAAAGCCAAAAGCUCGAAGAUUCUUGGACAACAAAGGUUGUAUUCCAAGGCUACGGCGAAGCUCGGACGACAACUACUACGCCAGUGAUGAGAAUACGCCAGUCAGGGAUGGCGGUUCUCCAAAAGAAGGUUUGAAACAAGAGGUUGUUUCGGAGCCUGCGCGGUCGAACGGUGAUAAACUACGGGUCAAUGGCAAUGUGCACGAACUAGCAGGUAGUGCGGAAAAGAAGCUUGAGAAUGGCACACCUCCGCCGGUUCCACAAAAGCCGUCGUUCUUGGCGAAGAAGCCGAAAGCGAGCGUUGUGGAGAACGGGGAUGGCCAAUUUGUACAGGUAGGCAAGGUUUUAUCGAAAUUUUAAUAUACUUUUUUGCAAUAUGUAAGGCAUUUCCCCGUCUUUUUUCAGUCCAUACGGUCCUACACGCCCGGUCACAAUCCCACUACUACCUUCACCCCACAACAGGUGACCUCGCCGAGUUCAGGACUUCAAAAAGCUGUAGCACCUAGACCACCCGAAGAACCGGUCCUCAAGACAACACCAACAAAACCAACAAGAGAACCUGAAGGAUCCGCAUCCUCGUCAUCAUCGAAAGAAAGCUCGGACACCGUAUCGCCGGAGAUGCUUCGACUUCGGCAAGCACAGCAACGGCUGGAAGAGCUGUUGCCCACACAGGACGAGUUGGAGAAACGGCAGUCUCUGAUACUCGAAAAGUUGAUGGAAGAGCAUCAGCGCUUGAAAGAGGAGGCCGAGAAAGAGGCGGAACGUGAGAGAAUUGCGUAUGAGGAGCAAAGUAAGUAUACAUAAUCAAUUUGCCGACUGUUGGUUGCAAUGUUUUCAAAUUGACCUCAACAUCUUUUCAGAGCGUAGAGCGCGCGAGGCCGAGGCACAGAUUCGUGCAAUAGCGCAGAAAGCCCGCGAACAGCACGAAAGAAACAUAAGGACCUCAACGACUUUGCUACCAAUGCUGCACAAAACCAACAGCGAAGAUCUCAAAAGCCAGAGUAUUCGAGAUGCAGUGUAAGUUCGUGCAUCCACCACGACCCCAAAAUGACAUUAUGUACAAUGCAAUAUUUUUUAUUUUUAGUCGAAACAUGCCUCGCCCUCCGAAGCCAAAGGAUCGAGCCGAAAUUAUCGAAUGGUUCAAGAAAAAGGAACAGCCACAAGGAGUUGGCCUCGAUCCGUGGACGAAACGACCCUUUGUUUGGUUCCACGGCAUACUAUCUCGCGCCGAAGCGGACGGUUUGCUAGCAAAUCAACCGCCAGGCGCGUUUAUUGUGCGAAUCUCGGAGAGAAUUUGGGGAUAUACGAUAAGCUAUGUGGUGGCGGGCGCGGACUUGAAGCACUUCUUGGUGGAGCGGAUUCCCGAGGGCUAUCAGUUCUUGGGGACGAAUCAAGUGGUCCAUAAGACACUUCAGGACUUGGUGGACUAUCAUGAGGUGAGUUGAUGAGUUUGUAGUCGAAGAACGGAACCAGAGCAGUCAAAAAAGGCCUUACAAGGACCUCCAGUGCGACGCUUAGAUUUUUUAGAAAUUUUGCCGAUCUUUCGAGUAUAGGCCAAGGGUCAAUUCUUUACAGUCUGAGCUAACGCUUUGCAUUGGAAGUUGAGAUUUCGAACAACCUUUGCUGAGAGUAGCAAACACAAGGAUCAUCAUAACUUCUCUGCUAAACAUGUAUACUCCCCGCCAAAAGUUUUGACCCCCCUUCUAACUCGGUCCAAAGUGUACCAAUUUGGACCAAAUUUGGUACGUAGUCUACCGACAGCCUAGUAAUAAAAAAUAUCAUAGUAGGACAACCCAUAUAGCUGUAUUUCAAAAUCCAGAGACAAUUUUCAAAAAUCACCUCAAAAAAAUGGGACAAAAGUUUUGACCCCCCUGCAAAAAAAUUAAAUAUCGCCACCGUAUGUAGCCCGAACCUUUUACAAUCGAUGCCCCAUACCUGAAUACAGAUUAAUAAAUGCUGUUUCGUUGAAUGCUUCGUUGCAUUUGAGGAUGCAACGCGUUAAACUGAUUUUGAUGUAGAGCUGCCCAAAAUGGUAAAAAUCUUGUACUGGCGCUUUCUAAAAGUUCUAAAUUAUGUUCACAUCAUGUGAUCUUGACGUGUUAUAACCUGCAUUAAUCUUUUCCUUUCGAAAAAAGUCCAUGAUGGCCUAGCAGAAUCGAUUCGGCCGAUGUCCAGUUGUCAUGGUCAGCCUUGGUGAGCCAUUUGCUCUUUGACUAAAGGUCUAGAUGUGGUCGCUAGGUCUCAAUCUAAUCCUGAGACUCCUAUUUAAUCUCAGCAGGGUAAAAAGUUUCGAUUUUACGCGUUUUGGAAUGGGUUUCAUUCACCUUAAUCUUAAGUUUGCCGUUACUGUAGAUGCCCCUGAGUACGAUGCCAUCCCCACCGCCCAUGUGUCGUUCCAUACGUCUCAAAUAAGUAUGGCGGGUGCUGUAGCGUCCUAAAUUACCUGGCCCAUCAAAUGAAAGCCAUUUUUGGUCGCAAAAAAUCCAUUUGAAAAAAGCGGGGUUUUCAUUAAGGUGCAGAUCGGCAAAGUUGCAUCUGCAAACCAUAUGAGAUCGUGUCAGCGGGAGUUUAUUCUUGGUUUAAGAGUUGAUAUUAGUCUCAGGAUUAGAUUGAGGACAUAGCGACCACAUCUAGCCCUUUAGUGAAAGAGCAAAUGGCUCACCAAGGCUGACCAUGACAACUGGAUAUCGGCCGAAUCGAUACCGCUAGGCCAUCAUGGACUUUUUUCGAAAGGAAAAGGUUAAUGCAGGUUAUAACACGUCAAGAUCACAUGAUGUGAACAUAAUUUAGAACUUUUAGAAAGCGCCAGUACAAGAUUUUUACCAUUUUGGGCAGCUCUACAUCAAAAUCAGUUUAACGCGUUGCAUCCUCAAAUGCAACGAAGCAUUCAACGAAACAGCAUUUAUUAAUCUGUAUUCAGGUAUGGGGCAUCGAUUGUAAAAGGUUCGGGCUACAUACGGUGGCGAUAUUUAAUUUUUUUGCAGGGGGGUCAAAACUUUUGUCCCAUUUUUUUGAGGUGAUUUUUGAAAAUUGUCUCUGGAUUUUGAAAUACAGCUAUAUGGGUUGUCCUACUAUGAUAUUUUUUAUUACUAGGCUGUCGGUAGACUACGUACCAAAUUUGGUCCAAAUUGGUACACUUUGGACCGAGUUAGAAGGGGGGUCAAAACUUUUGGCGGGGAGUAUAUACACAUAAUAUGCAAAAUCCUUUCUGUUUCAGACUAAACCGAUCACCUCCAAGGGCCAAGAGUGCUUGCUGUAUCCGGUGGGCCAGAAAGACCCCAACAACCCCGACUACUCCUAUUUAUUUGACCAGUUGCCGAUGACGAAUGCCUCUUACAACAGCGGCAGCUCGUUCAGCAGUCGCUUCUUUCAGUCGCCCCCAUCGCUCUUUGUUAAUCGUUGAGCUGCGUCACGACGCGAAGCCCUCGGCUUCCCCUUCCUCCCACCUUUGACGAAAUUCCCGGUUCAAUUAAUAACAUCCGCCAAGGGUGCGCUAAUGCGAAAUUACUGGUGUCUCGGAACAACGCUCACAGCGUGUUGAACUCGUUCUUUGUUGUGUCAUUUCACGUGUUUCAUGGUGCGGGUAGAUCACUUAUUGUUUUUUCUUUAGUUGUGGGUAAAAUCUUGAUUUUCAAAUGUACGAAUUUGGAACUUGUCGUGGCAUAAAACCACUUGAUAUUAGUUGUCGAUGUGAAUAAAUGUAAGAUAAUUUUUUUGAUCGGCUUAUGCAAAACAGCUUGGGGGAGUAGCGCCGGAAGCAAUAAAAUUUAAAUAGUGGUAUGACGAAAUUUAUGAGUUGUAUUUUGUUCAGGGAGAAAGCAGAAAAACAUGAUUAUGAUUAAUGAACGUCAAGAGAGAUUCUUUUGCAGGAAAACAUUGUUUUCUUUAUCUUCAAGCCUGUCUCUUGUGGCAUUCACCAAAAACAUUGUUCAUUCGGAGAAUUUAUGACCACUUUAUGGAAGCCACCGAAACGAUUUGAAGAUUUCGCAACAGUCACGCAGUUCAUCGCUUUUUGACGAACUGUUCGAUGAUUUUGUGAAUUUACCGGUGAAGUGCGUGGAGCGUGACGCUCUGAUUUCAACUGAACUUGGUACUAAUCUAAAGCGAUUUUUCGAGGCUUGCGCUUUGCAGAAGCGGCGGUGAUUUUUAAAUUGAAAUUUCUUUCAACUUUUGGUCAUACUUAUUUCUACCGUGUUGCCUAAUUUUUCACAAAACUGGCAAAGAACGGAAUUUGUUUCGAACUCUGACCUCUCUCUUCAUUUCACGUACUCUCUCGACCUGAAAGAUCGCUGAAUACCUUGAUUACCCCAGCGAAUUUCGAGCUAAACCCCUCAGGAAACGAUACGUAUCCCGUACCCUGAGUACGUGCAAAAUCUCAAGAAAAUCUGAGCGUCGCACUUGGUCAACUCCACAUUUUGUCGCCUUCUUCGGGGACCGAUCCCGAACCAUGACUGGAACGCAACAUAGACCACCACAGGACCAAGCACACUCAAAAAGGCGGCCGCCUGCUGAUUGAUUAUCUUCCUUGACAAACAACCGUGUUGACUUUGAACUCUACGACGACGUGAACGUCGCAGCAAAACGGUCGGAGUGAUUUCGCGGCGCGAAACUCGUUUAGUGGAUCGAGCAUUGACCGCGGGUUCGCGCGCAGCCCUCCCUCACGGACCAAGUGGAACGGCUGCCCGCGUUUGCCGUGCAAUUUUGUUGUCUUAGGUGGGGGUGGGUUGACAAUUACUCAUGCACUUGAUGCAGGCUACUGUUUUUUUGACAAGUUUGUUUGUUCUUGCCUUUUAACUCCUGCGUGGGCAUCGAUAUGAGGUCAAACUGUAGUCUUGGUGGCGGAAAAGUGGUCAGCGCUUUGGGAAACGCCCGCCUAUCCACGGAAAUGAAUUGCGGACACUUUUUCCUACCAUACACCGAAGAAACGCUCUUCGAAUUUACGGUAGGACUCGAGACGGAGGAUUUUUUGCAAAAAGAAUCACAUUAAUUUGCACGACUUCGUCGACGAAAGCCGACUGAACUUUGGUUUUGUGUUUAUCAAUUCCGCAACCCACACGCCCUGUCUAGGCGUUGUAGCGUCGGGAUUAGGAAACCUUCUCCUUGUUGAGUGCAAGGAAUCAAAGCAGUGUUGUUUUUGGGGCGAUGAUGGGGGGAAAACAAGAAAAAGUAACGGAAAAUAGAUGAGACCUGCGACUGAUUUGUGUAACGGCCUUGCGGUCUGUUCACGCGUUUACUGUACCUCCUCUACCUACUUCUCGCGCUAUCUGGGUCACGUGUAAUGGUCGGAAUUUUGGUGGCUCCCGCUAAAGAAUCGUUGGUUUAAUGAGCGUGCGGCUUGUUAUAAGUAAUUGAUUAUUUUUCGAAGGAAUCUUUUGGCUCUUGCCUUGGAGACUGCUUUUAGAUUUUCCGGGGUCCAAACGCACUUUACGCCAAGUUUUAUUAUCAUAACUGUCACUGUCCUGCCGGCAAUGAACCAUGCACUUUCGAAGGUUUACACGCAGAGCUUUAUUUGUCAUCUUUUUCCCAAAUCAUAACAUUUGGAUGCCCUUUGAACAGUAUGUGUAAAGAGUAACGAAUCAGACGCUACGCUGAGAGCCAUGUGUUUGUCCAGUGACAAUUUUGCUACAAUUCUAGCUUCCGUUCUUAUUGUGGUUUCGAUCUUAACAGUAGACUGUCCGGCGACUAUGUUUUUUGUCGUGUUUAUCGGGCACAAAGAUCGCAACUCUCCCUUGCAGCGAGGGCGUGGUCACAGCGUCGUCCGUAAACAAGAUAACGGCACUAGUCGGAAAAUGACAUCAUUGUGUUAUUGUCUCAUUUUGGGUGUUAUUGCAAAGAGGAAAAGAUCAGUGCUUUUAAGCCAUAACUCGUUACCGUUCUUGUUAUCUUUUUGGUCGUUUAGAGAUCACACAACGUCUUUGCGCGGUGGCCUUCGGCAAGAAGUGAACGGUUUAUAUUUUAGAUGGCCUUGUUCUUAAUUGUUGUUGUUGUUAUCAGCGCCAUCUAUUUGUUGAAUAAUUUCCACUUCAAACGUCAGAAUCUGCCGCCGGGCCCGGCGCCGCUGCCCAUCAUCGGCAAUCUGCAUUGCAUCGAUCCGGCAGACACUUACAAAGCUUUUCUACACUGGAAAAAGCAAUACGGGCCGGUGUUCACGUGCUGGUUCGGCAAUAUUCCAGCAGUCUGUUUCACCGACUACGAGGUCCUCACGGAGGCGCUAAUCAAGAAUGGCGACGUUUUUGGGAGUCGGUUCGCCUACGGCCGAAUGACAGAGCUGGUCCGGGGAGGUGAGUAAAAUGGCCCCAUUCAUCUCAAUGAUUACGGUAGAAAUUGUAGGUCACGAAAAUGUUGGACUGCUGGAUGAAGGCCGGCCCGAAAUUUACCAAGAGCAACGGCGAUUUUUCACAAAUUUCAUACGUUCUUUGACGGCUGACGGGGCAAAGUUGGAAGACCGGAUCUUCUUCGAGGUUAGCCAGUUCAUUCAAGAGCUUGAUGUCGCAUGUGAUAACCGACAAUCCAUCGAAUUUGUGCCCUUAAUCGAUCGCUCGGUGGGCUCCAUCAUUUCGAGUCUCAUCUUCGGAACCAGGUAUGAAAAAGUACGUGCGUCUUGGUGAAUACGAUUUCGUUAUAGGACCAAGUUUCAGAAUUUUUGUACCUGAAGGAAACCAUUAACCAGUUCCUGGUCUACAUUUCGGACCCGCUGGCGUUGAGUGUGGCAAAUCAUCGAUUCAAUUUCACCGUCUUUCCGCCGUUCCGAGAACGCUACAAACGAAUAGAGCGCACGCGGAAUAAACUGUUCGCGUUCAUGAAUGCCAAGGUGGAUCAGCACGAGAAUGAGUUCGAGAAUUUGAACAACAACGAGGAGUACAAGUGUCUGAUUGAUGCGUUUCUGUUCAAAAUUAAGAACGAUGUUAAUCCAGCUGUGUAUAAGUAAGUUCUCGGUUUAGUUUCUAACGAUAUAAGCCCAUUUUAGCCGCAAAAUGCUAGUCAACAUGAUGUUUGAUCUCUUCUCUGCCGGUCAGGACACAACAUCUCAUACCAUCGCCUUCAUCCUUCUGUACAUUCUCAACUCGCCCCAAACACAACGAAGAAUUCAUGAGGAGCUGGACCGAACGAUUGGCUCUGGCCGACGGGUAACCAACCUGGAUCGACAGAAUCUAACAUAUCUCAACGCUGUUAUAUGCGAAGGCCAACGCCUGGCGAAUUUAAUACCAAUCAACUUGUUUCAACGGAACUUGAGUGAUGUUACGAUCGCGGGUCAUAAAAUUCCGGCCGGAAGUUGCAUUUUGCCGCAAAUUGCUUGCGUAAUGUUUGACGAAAAGGUACGGUUUAAAAGUUGCAAAUUUUCGUAAUUACUCAGAGGUUACUUUAGAGACUGUUUGCAGGUGUUUCCCGACCCUUUCGAGUUCAAACCGGAUCGAUUUUUGGCCGAAGACGGGUCUCUGAAACGCUUCGUCGAGCUGAUUCCAUUCUCCUUGGGGAAGCGCCAAUGUCUCGGCGAGAAUAUCGCCCGAAUGGAGUUGUUCCUGUUCAUCAGCAAUAUGUUCAACCAGUUCGUCGUUCAUCCCAUGGACGAAGCAAGUCCUCCAACAACAAAGAAGGUCCUCGGCAUGACCGCGCAACCGCAGCCAUUCCAAGUCCGACUAUCGCGGCGAUGGCCCAAUGGGAUAGAAGCGUUUAUUUAA